CGGCGAAGCCAGUGAGGAGGGCGGCGGAGCCGGAGGCGGCGCGGAGAGCGCGGGCGCCGGGCCUGCGGGGCGCGCUUGGCCGAGCGCGCGGAGCGAGCGCCCGGCGGAGCCCGCAGCCCCGGCCACCGGCGCGCAGGGCGGCGCGGAUCCCCGGGCGCCAGGCGUGGGCGAGCGGAUCGCCGUUCCUCCGUCGCCCCCAGGACUCUGCCCGGCACCCCUCCCCGGACAACUCCGCGGCGGGAAGGCGAGCCUGGCCGGCCUGGCGACAGCGCGCGGAGGAAGGGCGCGGACCAGCCUCCCUGGCCUGGCCCGGGCUGCAGCCGAGCGGCGCGGGGACCUGCGGGCGGCCGCGGAUGAGAAAACUUGGGCCACGUGGGCAGCAAAUAAAAUCCCUGUUGAGGACAACAAUAAAUAGCCUUCCUGUACAUAUGUCUCUGAUGAUGCAAAGACACCCCACGCCCGUGAUCUGACUGGAGCUUAGGCCAGCCCUGCGAGCCGCCAGGGAGCUUCCUGCCCGUCGGACGGAUGGCUCCCGAGUCCCUCCCAGAUUCUUCCCACUAGCAGCGAGCCAGAUUGUAACCCGCUUUAAACUGUUUUCAUGACCCACUAAUGGGCUGCCCUUCACAGUUCGUGGCAGUAGAGCACGCCCUGCCCCUGCAGGCGAGGUCUGCCCUGCACCACCCUCUGGAGAGACAGAGAUCAAUAGCGAAGUACUGUUUCCUCGAGGAGCCCGCAGCCUGGCUGGGACGGCAGCCCUGCAGCCUGACAGCGGGAACCAUGCCGUGUGGAGGGCUGCCUGCUGGGCAUGGCGAUGAGUGAGCGGGCCCCUCGGGCAAGGAUGGAGAGCCGCACCCAGGAGGGCGGGAAGUGACGCCCAGCCGGCCCCCAUGACUGCCUUGGGAGCGGGGCUCCCCAGGCCCUGGCAGGCUGCUGACCCUCAGCCUGCGAACCGCUAAGGGCAGGACCUGAGACUUUUCCUGUGGAUGGUGCCCUCCCCCGCGGCUCCGCCAUGAGGCUCCUCGCGGCCGCCCUCCUGCUGGCGUGGGUGGCGGGUGCCGCCGCCGCCGUGCCCGUGGUCCCCUGGCGCGUGCCCUGCCCCCCGCAGUGUGCCUGCCAGAUCCGGCCCUGGUACACGCCCCGCUCGUCCUACCGCGAGGCCACCACCGUGGACUGCAACGACCUGUUCCUGACGGCCGUGCCCCCGGCGCUGCCCGCGGGCACGCAGACCCUGCUCCUGCAGAGCAACGGCAUCGUCCGCGUGGGCCGGAGCGAGCUCGGCUACCUGGCCAACCUCACGGAGCUGGACCUGUCCCAGAACAGCUUCGCCGACGCCCGGGACUGCGACCUCCGGGCGCUGCCCCAGCUGCUGAGCCUGCACCUGGAGGAGAACCAGCUGACCCGCCUGGAGGACCACAGCUUCGCGGGGCUGGCCGGCCUGCAGGAGCUCUAUCUCAACCACAACCAGCUGCGCCGCAUCGCCCCCCAGGCCUUCGCCGGCCUCGGCAACCUGCUGCGGCUGCACCUCAACUCCAACCUGCUGCGGGCCGUGGACAGCCGCUGGUUCGAGGCGCUGCCCAGCCUGGAGAUCCUCAUGAUCGGCGGCAACCAGGUGGAUGCCCUCCUGGACAUGAACUUCCGGCCGCUGGCCAGCCUGCGCAGCCUGGUGCUGGCGGGCAUGAGCCUCCGGGAGAUCUCCAGCUACGCCCUGGAGGGGCUGCGCAGCCUGGAGAGCCUCUCCUUCUACGACAACCAGCUGGCCCGGGUGCCCCGGCGGGCGCUGGAGCAGGUGCCCGGGCUCAAGUUCCUGGACCUGAACAAGAACCCGCUGCAGCGGGUGGGGCCGGGGGACUUCGCCAACAUGCUGCACCUCAAGGAGCUGGGCCUGAACAACAUGGAGGAGCUGGUCUCCAUCGACAAGUUCGCCCUGGUCAACCUGCCCGAGCUGACCAAGCUGGACGUCGCCAACAACCCCCGGCUGUCCUUCGUCCACCCCCGCGCCUUCCACCGCCUGCCCCGGCUGGAGACCCUCAUGCUCAACAACAACGCGCUCAGUGCCUUGCACCGGCAGACGGUGGAGUCCCUGCCCCGCCUGCAGGAGGUGGGCCUCCACGGCAACCCCAUCCGCUGCGACUGCGUCAUCCGCUGGGCCAACGCCACCGGCACCCGCGUCCGCUUCAUCGAGCCGCAGUCCACCCUGUGCGCCGAGCCGCCCGACCUGCAGCGCCGCCCGCUGCGGGAGGUGCCCUUCCGGGAGAUGGCGGACCGCUGCCUGCCCCUCAUCUCGCCCCGCAGCUUCCCGCCCAGCCUCCGCGUGGCCGCCGGGCAGAGCCUGGCGCUGCACUGCCGGGCGCUGGCCGAGCCCGAGCCCGAGGUCUACUGGGUCACGCCGGCGGGGGCCCGGCUGACCGCGGACGCCCGCGCGGGCAGGAGGCGCCGGGUGCACCCCGAGGGGACCCUGGAGCUGCGGAGGGUGACUGCGGCCGAGGCGGGGCUGUACACCUGCGUGGCCCAGAACCUGGUGGGGGCCGACACCAAGACGGUCAGUGUGGAGGUGGGCCGGGCUCCCAGGAAGCGAGGCCGGGACAAGGGGUGGGGGCUGGAGCUCCGGGUGCAGGAGACCCACCCCUAUCGCAUCCUGCUCUCUUGGGUCCCCCCACCCAACACCGUGGCCGCCAACCUCACCUGGUCCAGCGCCGCCUCCGCCCCCCGGGGCCAGGGGGCCGCCGCCCUGGCCCGCCUGCCCCGGGGCACCCACAGCUACAACAUCACCCGCCUCCUUCAGGCCACAGAGUACUGGGCCUGCCUGCGAGUGGCCUUCGCCGACGCCCACACCCAGGUGGCCUGCGUGUGGGCCAGGACUAAGGAGGCCGCUCCCUGCCACCGGGCCUUCGGGGGCCGGCCUGGGCUCAUAGCCGUCCUGGCCCUGGCUGUCCUCCUGCUGACCGCCGGCAUAGCCGCCCACCGUGGCCCCGGCCAGCCCCGGCAGGGGGUGGGCGGGCGGCCUCUCCUUCCAGCCUGGGCCUUCUGGGGCUGGGGUGCCCCCUCGGUCCGGGUGGUGUCUGCACCCCUCGUCCGGCCCUGGAAUCUGGGGAGGAAGCUGCCCGCGUCCUUGGAAGGAGAAGAGACGCUGUCACCACCAUUGUCUCACGAUCCCUGGAGCUCGGCCUGUCCUCAGCCGUAGAGAAAUGAGGAGGAGGAGGACUACUUUCUAACAAAAGGGAAGCCACCUGGGCCAGACGCCCUGCCACGGAAGUGACAUGGACCCGUGGCUUCAAGGCCAGACAGCUGGGCCAUGGCAGACGGGGCGUGGUGGCCCCGGGGGCUGCUCCCCACCACCUCCAGAACGCGGCCCUCACCUUGCCGGGGGGCUCCUCUGCUGCCUUUUGGAGGAGCAUCUGCAAGGGACAGAGGACUCUGGCGAACACCUCCCACCUCCCCAGCUGUCUACAUGCCCAGAGGCUCCUGGGCAGCGCCUGGCUGUCCCUGCGUGUCCCCAGGCCCUCAAGAUGUGCCCCUCCUCCGCCGUUCCUCUGUUCAGUCUCAGUUGCUUGCUCUUCCCCCUCCAGGGCAAGGGCUGAAGGAGGCCUCUCCUCCCGCCGUGGGCACCGCUCGGAAGGAUGAGGCUACCCAGGACCGCCGCCUCCUGGCAGCCAGGAUGGCGCGCGCUCAGAGGCUGACUUUCUAUAGGCGAUUUUGUACCUUUGUGGAGGAAUGUGUCACCUCCCCCAGCCCAGUUCGCUCUUUUCUCCUGUUUUGUAAAAAAUAAAACGAAAUAAGAAAAACAUGCUAAGGAGGGAAA